GAGCUUGCGAAGGCAGAGACCGUGUGCUCGAAAUGGCGGACCUUGCCGGACCAGAUGAACACGUGGGACACGCUGCGUCAAGCCUACAUCGCCCGCGCAUUGGACUGUCUCGAGAAUUUGUUGGGCUGGGACGCCGACGACGGCGUGAUUUGGCCGGAGAAGGGUGGCCCUGCAAAGCCCUAUGUUGGCUUGCUGCAAAGCUUCGUGCUGGAGCUGGAGGAAGAGAACUACUCCACGUGUUGCGAGUGCAAGGUCCACUACACGCGCUGCUGCAAAGAGGCCCUGUCCUGCCAAGACUGCGCAAAGGACUGGUGUCCCAAGUGUGCCAGAUACGGACCUUCAAAGGUCGAAGUCAGCUGUCCAGACUGCCCGGACUGGAGCCAAAUCAGCUGCUUUGAGUGUUUUGUCCAAGGAAAGAGGAUUUUCUGCCAGUGUGUCGGCACGGACAGCUGGCACAUCGCAUGUGGCCGGCAUGGCUUUGAGUGCAAGCGUUGCGGCGAGCAGCUCUGUUUCGUUUGCGAAGAACGCCACCGUUAUGAUUGCCGCGACGACGGGGAAGAGGAGGAAGACGAAACUGGCUGA